UGCUUAUAAGGAUUGAUUAAACUAAGAAUGAAUCAUGCACGUAAUGUGUUUGAUCUGAGAGUUGGCCUUAUGUCUCUUGGUCUUGUGGACCUUAAGGUUCUUAUCAAGUCUGGGCGGCCUCAAGAUCGUAAGCAUGCUGGACAGAGGAAAGGUUAAUGCAAAAAUCCAAUCUGAAAGAUGUGAAGACGAAUGUGAUGAAGCUGUUCUGCUCAAGUGUGGAUUUAGGAUGUUGGGUGCAGACUUGCUCAAUGAUACUAAGAUGCUGGAGAUUAAUAAUGGUGCCAAAGAGCUUAACAUCCCCACCAGCGAUGCCAACAGGAAACUGGUUGCUUCGGACAAUGGGGGCUUGCAGAACCCAUCUUAUUUGAUAUUUAAUCCUGUGUGGGAUUCUAAAGGAGCACCAAGUCCUAACAAAAGAUUCAACUAUCCAUCAGUGUCAGGUGUGCAGAAGCCAAUUUCUGAUGAAGACAUUGCUUUUAUGACUGUUCUUGAACUGGGGCAACUCAUUAAGACCAAACAAAUUUCAUCUGAGGAGCUUACAAAGAUUUUCCUGAAGAGGCUGAAGAGGUAUAAUCCUGUUCUUGAAGCUGUAAUCACUUUCACUGAGGAACUGGCAUACAAGCAAGCCAAGGAGGCUGAUCAUCUGCUGUCCCAAGGAGUGUAUUUAGACAACCAAAUACACCACGUAACAGCAGCACCACCGUGCAAGAUCCUAUCACCACCAUAGCCCGCUGUCUCUCUCUUCAUCUAGGCAAGCUCCUGUGCUACUUUUCAUUCCAUCUAUCAAGAACACUACUUAAUUCAUCUCCCCUGAAGAUAUCAUUCCAGUCCUGAAGCAUGCGCAGCAAUUCUCUAGAAGACUGCCAAAGCAUCUCCGAAGAACCUGAGAUGCCGAGGGGAGCUGGAAGUGUGAGAAAUGCAACAAUAUCAAUUAUCCUUUUAGGAGAAAGUGCAAUAGACAAAAUUGUGGGGCAGAUAAGCCGUCCGACACCAAGAAGUCCCCUUCAGAACCUGUAGAUGAUAAUGAUCAGGUCUGUUUGAUGAUGUCUAUAUGUUCUAUGUACACCCGUAGCUAUUCUUUAUCAAUCUUUGUAUGUAUUGGAAAAUUGAGAACAGCUCAAGUGCGCAAUUAUUAUGUAAAGUAUUAUCUCUUGCCAAAUCUGUUCACUGUUUAUUUUCGGGUUUCUUUCCUAUUUAAACUCAAGUAUGAUCUUGCUAAGAUUUUCUUUCUUUUCAGUUAUAUGAUUCUAGAUUCAUUAAUUGAUUUAAAGUUGUCUACUGUUCCAGUGAUUACUAGGCAUGUCUUCUCGGUUUGUUCUGGUGAGUCUAGGGUUUCGUCAUGUUAUUGUAGGACUUUGUACUUUGGCAGCUAAUCUAAUGUAGUAGGUGCUAGAAAUGCAUUUCUCGAAUGCCACCAGUGUCAAAAACAACUCUAUGUGUCGUCCAAAACAAUUUGAAAUGUGUCGCCCAAAACAAAUCUUCCAUUUUGCUAAUAGACCAGAGGUUCUCUUGUUUUGCAGUCUCAAUAACUCUAAUUUUCAAACUACUGAGUAUAUAAGGCUACUAAUUUCCAUUGCAACAGCAAUGCCCUCCCCGGAAAUGAUGAAAGCAGGCGCGAUAUCUGAUCACCUCCUCACGGUUAUAAACCCCUGAAAAUAUUUCUGCAAGCUAAUGGCAGUCUCUAUUAUAACUACUUAUUUUUGUUUUAUGGUUGUUUCAUUUGAAUCAGAACUAUGUUUCAUGUAUCUCUUUCGUCGAUUGGUAUAUAAGUUUUGGUUGUCUAGGACUUUUAAUAGUGUAGUAAAAUAUUGUGUUGUAUUUAAACUUGAUUUGCAUCAUUUUCUUUUUAUACAAAUUGCUGGCAGUAUUUUACUAUUAUGCCAGCAGUGUUUUUUGUACAGAUUGUAUUCUGACAGGCUAGAGAUUGACAGUCUGCUUCCAUAAUGGAGAGCUAUUGGCACUUGGCACAGGAGCUUGGUAUUAAUUGAAUUGCAAGUCCCUGUAGUUCUCUUCUUUUCUGCCACUAGACAGGAAUUAUUAAAUAAAAUUAUAUUAAUAAGGAAUUUAAAGAAAUUACGCGGUGAUAGGGAUCUUCAUCUAUCCGACUGUAUUUCCACCGUCGCAUAGUAAAGGAUUGCAGAAGAUUGUUUUAAAGAACUACUAUCCGAGCAUUGAUCACUACUCACCAGGUCGACUACUAUCCACUCCCCGGUGCUCCAUAUAUCUCUGAAGGGUCAAAUUACGAUAGGAAUUUGGCCAAAAACAAUCUCACUGGACUGAUACAAUUCUGUAAUGGAUCAGAGGUUUCAGAUAUUUUUACUGCUGUUAUCCAUUCAAUUUUUCAGUAUAGCAUUGCAGGAUGUUCCAAGCUUUACGUUCAAUGGUGCAUACAAAUCCUGAACUGUCUCAGCCUGUUGUGAAUUCCUCAACAUUGUCUCAGCCAGACUAUAGAUGCUCCACGAGUUCGAAGGUACUGCAGCUAAAGAAUGUAUUCAACAACUCGAGUACUCAGGUUCGAGGACUGAUGAGGGAAGAUUUGAGGAACAAAAAAUGGGUGAAGUUGAAAUUUGUACAACUCAGAUGAGGGUGAAAGAAAAUGAGAAUGCUGAUUUGAAGAGUUUCAAAAUUGCUGGAACUAAAGAUAGUAAUAAAAAUUCAUUUGAUCAAAGCGCAGUUGUGGAGAACUGUUCUGUCAUUGGCCAAAAGGUUACCGGUGCUCAAGAGUGUAAUGUAAAUAUAUCUCAUUCUGUUCAUAACAAUAGUGAUGAUAUACAUGACGCAAGAAGGUCUGGCAACCAGGUCAUCCCAAAAGUAGAUAGUAGUAAAGAGCGUCUCAGUGCAACACCUGGGCAUGUGAUGAAAUAUGAAGAUGAGGAUAGUCGAUUUGCAGCUACAAAAUUGUUGAAAUGCUUGAUGUGAAUAUACCUUAAGGUUUAGAUGAUAAGAAUAAUGAGGACAAGCGGAGUAAGUACCUCUACUAUGACCCACCACCUUUUGAAGAA